CCGUUCAACGGCUCCCCAUAGAGCUGGACUAUAAGAGGGACUCGGCGAGCAGGGGGCCAGGAGCCUGGCCAUGGCCAGAAACCACCCAUCCCCCUGCUGGGUCCAUCUCUUCCUCCUGCUUGCCCUGGCCUUUGGUGGAGCAGUCCAGGCCUCCCAGAUCGUGGGUGGACAUGAGGCUCAGCCCCAUUCUCGGCCUUAUAUGGCAUCUCUGCAGCUGAGCAGGUCCCCUGGGAGCCACUUCUGUGGUGGCACGCUGAUCCACCCGCGGUUCGUGCUGACGGCUGCCCACUGCCUGCAGGACAUCCCCUGGCAGCUCGUGACAGUGGUGCUGGGUGCCCACGACCUGCAGAGCCAGGAGCCUGAGCAGCAGAAAUUCACCAUCGUUCAGGUCUUCCAGAACAACUACAACCCUGAGGAGAACCUCAACGAUAUACUGCUCAUUCAGCUGAACCGACCAGCCUCCUUGGGCGAGAAGGUGGCGCUGGCUUCUCUGCCCCAGCAGGGCCAGUCGCUGUCCCAGGGCACCCAGUGCCUGGCCAUGGGCUGGGGCCGCCUGGGCACCCGCGCGCCCACGCCACGCGUGCUGCAGGAGCUGAACGUCACGGUGGUCACCUUCCUGUGCCGGGAACACAACGUGUGCACGCUGGUGCCACGGCGGGCAGCUGGCAUUUGCUUCGGAGACUCGGGCGGCCCGUUGAUCUGUGAUGGCUUUCUCCACGGAGUCGACUCCUUCGUGAUUCGGGAAUGCGCUUCGCUCCAGUUCCCCGAUUUCUUCGCCCGGGUGUCCAUGUACGUGGAUUGGAUCCACAUGGUGCUCCGGGGCGCUGAGCCUAUAGGAGACCUUCCUGGUGGAGGAGGCAAGGUGGACAGCAGUGGGAAAGCCAGGAGCAGGGGGCGGGACCCAAAGGACGGGCACAGCGACAAGGGGCAGACGUGGAAGCCUCAGGUUUUCCCCAGCGGCAGAGAAAUGAGCUGGGGCCAGCACAGGGAUGAGGGAAAGAGUCCCAAGCCAAGGGGAGGAAGUGGGGCUGUGGCCAGCAUGGAGCAAUUCAACGGCCUCUGGCUGGGCUAUAAGUCAGGCUGUCCGGUGUUGGCCUCAGAGAUUGUGGGUGGCCGGCCAGCCCAGGCCCACGCUUGGCCCUUCAUGGCAUCCCUGCAACUACGCAGAGGUCACUUCUGUGGUGCUACACUCAUCGCCAGAAACUUUGUCAUGUCAGCAGCCCACUGUGUGAACGGCCUAAACUUCCGGUCGGUGCAGGUAGUGCUGGGGGCCCACAACCUCCGGCGACGGGAACCCACUCGACAGAUCUUCUCUGUGCAGCGGGUCUUCGAGAAUGGCUUCGACCCCUCUCGUCUGGUGAAUGACAUUGUAAUCAUCCAGCUCAAUGGCUCAGCCACCAUUAACACCAACGUGCAGGUGGCCCAGCUGCCUGCCCAGGGCCGUGGCGUGGAUAAUGGCACUCCAUGCCUGGCCAUGGGCUGGGGCAGGCUGGGCACAAACCGACCUUUACCCAGCGUGCUCCAAGAGCUCAAUGUGACGGUGGUGACGAACCUCUGCCGCCGCGGUCUGAAUGUAUGCACGAUCGUGCCGCGGCGGCGAGCGGGCAUCUGCUUCGGUGACUCUGGAGGACCUCUGGUCUGUAAUGGACUUGUCCAAGGCAUCGACUCCUUCAUUCGUGGGGGCUGCGGGUCUGGACUGUUCCCAGAUGCCUUUGCGCCUGUGGCUGAGUUCGCAGACUGGAUCAACUCCAUUAUCCGCAGCCAUGAUGACCACCCCGACAUCCACCCCAGAGAUCCCGAGAUUACCCCCAAAGAGAGAAUUUACUGCUCUGAGGGGAACUGGUUCGCGGACCCUCCAAGCUCCCCACCUCCUCGCUCCACUCCAGAGCGCACCCUAGGGGUUGGCCUGGGGGGCAGACUACCUCGAGGGCCGGUGCCUGGGUCAGCAUCUGGACUCGUUAGCGUCAAAAUGCACGGUUCUGUGUGCCUCGUGGUUCUCGUGGUCCUGGGGGCGGCUGAAUGUGCAGCGCAGCCCCGAGGCCGGAUCCUGGGUGGCCAGGAGGCCAAAGCCCAUACUUGGCCCUACAUGGCUUCGGUGCAAGUGAACGGAACACACGUGUGCGGUGGCACCCUGGUGGAUGAGCAGUGGGUGCUGAGCGCUGCGCACUGCAUGGACGGAGUGACCACGAAUGAGACUGUGCAAGUACUCCUGGGUGCCCACUCACUGUCGAUGCCUGAACCCUCCAAGCGGCUGUACGAUGUGCAAAGUGCAGUGCGUCACCCGGGCAGCGGGCCCGACAGCAUUGAGGACGACCUUCUCCUCUUGCAGCUGUCCCAGAAUGUCUCGCUGGGCCCCCACGUGCACCCUCUGCCCUUGCAACGCGAGGACCGAGACGUGCCCCCCGGAACGCUCUGCCACGUGGCCGGUUGGGGUGUGGUCAGCCACGCGGGGCGAAGGCCCGACGUCCUGCAAACCCUGACAGUGCCAACCAUGGACCGGAAUACCUGCAAUCAGCGCGUGUAUCACGACGGGGCCGUCACCAAGAACAUGAUGUGUGCAGAGAGCAACCGCAGGGACAGCUGCAGGGGAGACUCCGGUGGCCCUCUGGUGUGCGGAAACACGGUCGAGGGUAUUGUAGCGUGGGGCUCGCGAGUCUGUGGAAACCGAAAGAAGCCGGGCGUCUUUACCCGCGUGUCGACGUAUAUAGACUGGAUCGAAAACGUCAUUAAUGGUAACUUGACGAUCUGAAGGGACCUCGGAGACACGUGUCUCACAAUAAAUGCAUUUGUCUGA